CAGACAGAUGUAUUCGACAUUACUAGGAGAUAUGUUGCUCAGCUGAUGUAUUUGAUGUGAAGAUAAUAGGUUAUUGUCGCACCUUUCAUGAUGAGGUCUUUACACCAGUGUUCCCUUUCCUUAUGGCAGAAGAUAUGUCAGAAGGUGAAUAGGGCAGUAGUUUUUACAGAUGAUGUGGUCGCUGAAAACCUACAUUGGAAUGGAGGUCUUACACUUAUGUUGGAAGCUGGUGCCAUCAAUGUCAAGGAAUUUUCAUCAUUUGAGAGUGUUGAUCACACAUGCAAGAAGGCAGUAUUCAUUGUGAGCUCAAUGCUACAGGAAGUCACAAGCCGAGUGAUUCAGAAUAUUAUUGAGGCCAGUAAGCUCCAGUAUGUUGUUGUCAUUACUACAGUUAGCCCAUGUGUCCACAUGUUCAGCCGAACAGGAUCUUGUGAUGGAGACGAAAAUGUGAUCUUUGAACGAUUUGAAGAAAGCAUCCUAGAGUGGAUGGGAAAUAUGAAUUACACUGCCGAAGUCAGCCAUGUGCCCCUGUUUGCUACAUGCCUGACACCAAGCCUAUUUGUGACUCCCUCCUUUAGUAGGCUGUUCCCUCUAAUGUCUUCUGAUCUUCCUCGACUCUCAAUGCAGUACAAGUCUGUACGGGGAGAUAAUAAGUCAUUUUCCAGUUUAAAAGAUGUUGAAGCUGCUCACCUGCCUAAAACCUUACAAAUAUUGUAUAAGAUGCUGGUUGGAAGUAUAGACAGCAUGCUUGGAGAGCUGAAUGUCCAGGAAGACUGCUUUUUUGUUGGUCAGACCAGCAAGAUCUUGGCUACAGAGCUAGCUAGCUAUCCGCCGGCAAAACUCAGGCGUAAGUCUGCACAAACCAAGGUUUCCUUGUUGUUGGUUGACCGCCAUCUGGACUUAAUGACACCAUGUCAACACCAACCUGAAGUGUUGAUGGACAAAAUGACCAGCAUGUUACCACGACUACCUGGUCACCAUAACGAUGUGUAUGUGGACAUGACACCCUUGUGUAGGGUCAUCAGUGAAUCCAAGGAAGUUAUAGCUCCUGGGAGUUUGGCAGGCUGUAAAGGGCAGACAACUCAGUCACAUCUUUUGCCGCUUUUGAACUCUAAAGUAAAGGAAGGACUAAUGGAGGUCAAUAGGUCAUUGGUAGAAGCAGCCUCUACAGAAAAGCUACCUCUCAAGUUAUCUGGUAAACCGGGUCGAGUCACAGCAGAGCAACUAGAUAAUACCCUCAAACUUUUUAAAGGAAAUUAUAAAGCAAUCUCAAAUCACAUAGAAACUGUUCAGGUUGCCAUGGCAACUUGUCAGUGUCUGAAGAGUUCCAAAGGUAAAGAAUUUGAUCUGCUGGGGUCAAUGGAGAAGUUGAUGAUACAGAGUGUUGGGAGUGAGGAAGGUCAGGGACCAUUGCCUGUCCUGCUGAGUCAUCUAGAGAAAACACAGGACAAAUCACUACAGGAAAUGAGCCAAUCCUUGGAUAGCAUGUUAACUCAAAUUGUUUAUGUCUACUCCUUAUUAGGAGAAAAUGCAAGCUACAGUGAUGAAGAAGUAGCUAUCAAGAAAUUGUUGGUGAAGAGAAUAGUGAGUGGAAAAGAUGAUCUACCCAAAUUGACAAAGAUGCUGGUGGGAGACUUGGUGACAGAGGAGAUAGUGUCUGCCAUACUAGAUGACAUGUUUGAUAAACUAAAGGCUGUGAGCACAGCCAGACAACAUUUAAAACAUAUGAGUUGUGUUGUUGAACCUAGUACAACUCUAAGUCCAGCUAAAGGCAAGCCAUUGCUAAAACAGCUCAUGGAUUUAACAUUUGACAGUACAAAAGGAGACGUUCAAGAUAUUGAAUACAUAUCUAGUGGAUUCACAGAUCUUUUAAAAUCAGGUUUUGGACUAUUUCGAACUGUGGCAAAACCAAAGCCUAGUGAUAACAAGAUGCUGAUCGUGUUUGUCCUUGGCGGCAUCACAGCAACAGAAGCAAAGAUGAUCAGAGAGACAGUCGCCUCUCAUCACAGUGAUACACAGGUGAUUGUAGGAAGCACACAGCUCUCGCAGCCUGAAGACGUUGUGGAGACACUUUUAUGUCAGGACAACUUGAACCCUGACUGAUGAAGAUUCUAGUUUUUUAGGAUGUUUCCACCAAUAAAGUGCAAUACGGGAAGAUGAUUCAUAACUUGCUUUCAUUAAUUGUGAAAGGCCUGUACUAUCACACAUCCAUGAUAUUACAGGGAUGUUUGUUAAUCCUGUGCAGGGCUCAAGAGGAAGUGUUGAUGUUAGGGACAAAUAAUGUUGUACGCCCUUCAGAAUCGAAGGCUUUUUGCUCGAGUCUCCAUUUUAUGGGACUUAUGUUAAACAAAAGUCGUUUUAUAGCUUCCAUGGCAACACAUCCUUCUCUUUAUGUUUGGCAUUUCCCGUGGACACAUGACAAUCAUUGGCCUUAUAUGUUCUUAGGGAAAUUUUAGACAGUCACAUCAUGUUGCUAUAUGCAGAACUUUUUAAUGAAAUUGUUUACAACAAAAUAAAGUUUUAGGUAUUUUUUUCAGGUAAUAAUAUACCAGUUUUCCUAUAAACCAGAGAUACAUUUGUUUUUGACAUUUAUUUAAUAACUGAUGAGACAAACUUUUCUAAUAUGUAGGCUGUAUAGAAAGUUUUCACAACUUUUUACCAACAGAUAUACAUAUAUAUACAAGAGUAAAGCAAGUUGAAAUGAUUCAUAGUUAUACAUUUAAGAAAAUAAAUAUUAGAAAUAAUUUCUUUUGUCAUCUUGUAUAAAUUUUCACUAUAAAGACUGCCUGCAUAGACAGCUUGUGUGAUUUUCCUAUGCAGCAAAUUCAAUGAAUGAGAGGAAAAUUGAAAGGGCCAUUGCUAUUGCUUGUUACAGGACGGAUUAAUCAACUCUCCCACCCAAAAUGGGUAGAUCGUUUAAGAUGAUUGAAAUUCAUAUAUACUGUACAUCUGUACAUACCAUGAAUAAGUAUAUUGAUACGAACUAGACUUUAUAACAUCACCAAGUAGUAUCAGCUUUAUACAUUAUCUUUGUACAUCAGUCCUUUCUUCAAAAGUUUGACAAUGAACUCUUUUCAUUACGUUGUUGGGCUUUUUUUCUCACAUUUCUCUGAUUCUUCUCCAAGGAGCCAGUAGGUGACCAUUGAACCUUUGCCCUGAAAAACAUGUAGGUAAGAUCACUAAAGAUGACAUGUUCUAUAUCGAGAUCAAGUAAUUAUUAGGGUACUAUUUUUGAUAAAACAUAUUACGGAAUGUAAAAUAUGGUUGUUUGACUAUGAAUGAAACAGUUUAACAACU